AUGGGAUAGAGAUAGUAGUAUCAAAUUAUACGGAGUGCUAUGGCAGUCCACAGGAAGCCAGUUUCACCCGUAAGAAGCCUGCGUUACACCCACGCAGCAAUCAAAGCCUUUGCUUUCCUCCUGCGCAUGACAGCAGCGUUGCAGCAAUCAUCAAUAAUAUAAGCAUGUGACACGAUGACACGAUGACCGACCGUACAAUACGAAUAAAUACGUAGACACGUAUUAGUACUCCGGGGUAAAAGUUUUCUCUGUGCCACGGUAGUACAGAGUAAAAUCCUCUCAUAAUGACGUUGGUAAUGAGGACAACGAUGAGGGUGGUAAUGAGGGCAUGAGGUUGGCCGCCGCCGCAAUGGCAGCUGCGCUGGUGGUGGCGAUCGGAUUUGGCACGUCGGCCAGCGGGGCGUCGAGCAGAGCUGGAGUAGCUCUGCCCGGGUGCCAGGAGAAGUGCGGCAAUGUGACGGUGCCGUACCCAUUCGGCGUGGGGGAUAAGAACUGUUCCUUGAACGACAGAGAUUUUAAGCUCACCUGCGACCAAUACUCAACAUUACGGACUUCCGCCGGAAUCGAAAUCACCGGCAUUGAUUAUGAAAAGGGGCAGAUGGAAAUGCAGAUGCCUACAUAUAGCUUCUGUUUCAACGAAUCCGUAAAACAGGAGAUUGUGAGGUCAAAGGUAAUCUAGCGGAUCCUUUGACGAAAGUCCUACCACGAAAAAUGAUAAUCGAAACAUCGAGGGAAAUGAGACUAGUGUCACUUUGACUACAAAUAGUGAUGGUAACCCAACUUGUGUGAUUGGAGAUCCCAUGAAGCAAGUUCAUAUGGAUAAUAACAAGUCUUCUAUUUGUUCUGCUAGCCUUAUUAAAUGUCCCUUUCUAUGGUGUGGAAGGCUAGACUGCAUUUCUUUGUGAAGUUGAGCUAAAACUCUUAAUGAUUUUCAUAGCCCUUAUGGGUGGUGUGUUAAGUGCAGAACACACUUGAUGAGAUCACUUAUAUGAGUGUGAGGUGGGGCCGCCUCUAUGAAGCCUUGACAACGCUUCUAUAGCACUCACGAAAACCAGGCACGCGCACGGCCGAAAGGCGCACCACGGCGUUAACGCGAGGAGUUGUGCGGGGUGAGACAUGACCAUUAAGACCUUGAUUUACCACAGUAGCUUUUUGGUUCAUAGAAACUAUAUGCUUCACCAAAAGCUCGGUUUAUAAAGACUUAAUCGUCUCGGUUUGGUUCAUAGUCUACGGACACCAAACUUAAAAUCUCAUUCCUUUAAUCCAGCAUAUUUUUAUUUUAGUGUAUUCAAAAUUGUAAAAUGUUUAUUUGAAAUAUGUGGGGG